AUGCACAUGGCAAUGCAAUCCGGGCGUGUUGGGCAGUUGGCGUUCGAUGAGUUCGGUAGACCUUUUAUCAUAUUUAAGGAUCAAGAAAAGAAGAAACGGCUUACUGGUCUGGCCGCUCACAAGUCACACAUUUUGGCUGCUAAGUCUGUGGCUAAUACCCUGAGAACAUCCUUGGGUCCGAAAGGAUUGGACAAGCUCCUUGUUAGCCCCGACGGGGAUAUAACGGUCACUAACGAUGGGAGAACGAUCUUGGAUAAAAUGGACGUAGAGCACGAGAUCGCUAAACUUUUAGUCCAGCUGAGUCGGUCCCAAGAUGAUGAAGUUGGAGAUGGAACAACCGGCGUUGUUGUCCUCGCCGGUGCGCUUUUGGAUCAGGCAGAACAACUGCUAGACCGUGGUAUCCACCCUAUCAGGAUCGCGGAUGGAUACGAACUCGCUGCUAAACGGUGUUUAGCUAUCCUAGAUGAAAUCAGUGACCACUUCGAUUUUUCUCCCUUGAAUAGAGAGCCUUUGAUCAAAACUGCAAUGACGGCAUUGGGGUCAAAAAUUGUCAAUCGCUGUCAACGUCAGUUCGCCGAAAUAGCUGUUGAAGCCGUCCUAACUGUGGCUGAUUUUGAGAGACAAGAUGUCGACUUCGAACUAAUCAAAGUCGAAGGCAAGGUUGGAGGCAGGCUAGAAGACUCACUCAUUGUGAAAGGAGUUAUUAUCGAUAAGGACUUCUCGCAUCCCCAAAUGCCGAGGGCAGUUGAGAACGCACGCUUGGCGAUCCUUACCUGUCCGUUCGAACCACCGAAACCAAAAACGAAGCAUAACCUCUACGUUAGCAGUGUUGAUGAUUACAACAAGCUUAAGGAGUAUGAACAAGGGAAGUUCAAGGAGAUGGUACAGAUGUAA